AUGCUCACAAGCCUCAUUUGCUCAUUUGCUAACAGUUCUACGGUGUCUACCCGCGACCGAGCCAUCACGGCCGUUCCGCUCCUUGGAGGCCAAAUGCUCCAAUUGCCGCCACACUACAAAGACGGUUCUAGCCCAUUGAUUAGCUUCUUGGGAGCUUCUCAUGGCCGUGACGGCACCUGCAUGAAACGUCAAACUACAGAUCGGACGCCCGAUGAGCCGCGCUAUUUGGACAUGACUGCGUCGUGGUGGUCACUGGUAUCCCGAAAACCCAAGAGCGAGUCAUGUGGGAGCCCACGACACYGUACACGCGGGAAGUCGAUUCCUGAUUGGUCGAUGCUGCUAUACCAUCCGUCACCGAGCGUUGAUCAGUGUGAUCAGAGAAGGCAGCGAAGACUUGAACAAAGGCUUCAUGACAGCUGGAUCCGGGCUUUGUCGAGAAAUUCCAUUCGAUGCAAGCAAACGAGAAUCUUGCUUUCCAUGUGUGGAAUUCAGCCAGCGCGUCGCUGA